AUUUAGUUUUCUAUAGAAAGAAAAUAUAUAUCAUUUUCCAGAAAUUAAUAAAACUUGUCACCAAAUACAAUUAUCAAACCCUAGUUAUUAUUUUUUCCCUAUGAGGAUCACAAUUGUGUUCUUUCUGCUGCUUUUAGCCUGCUGCUGUUUUUCAUCUCCAAUUUCCCUUGCAGAUAAUGUGUUUACCUCUCAUGCUUCAAUCAAAAGAAACCUUCUGCAGGUUAAAAAAGCUUGUCCUCUAAACUUUGAAUAUAUGAAUUACACCAUCAUCACUAGUCGUUGCAAAGGGCCGAACUAUCCUGCUGAGCAAUGUUGUCAAGCUUUCAAAGAGUUUGCGUGUCCUUACGCGGACGAGCUGAAUGACUUGUCAAAUGAUUGUUCAACAGUAAUGUUUAGUUACAUCAACCUGAACGGGAAAUAUCCGCCUGGUGUUUUUUCUAGCUUGUGUCACGAAGAUAAAGUUGGGUUAGCUUGUGACUUGGUACCCCCUGCAGUGCCGGCUAAAGAUGGGGUAGCAGAUCAAAAUUCUCAGAAUAAUGGGAUUAUCUGCAGCCCAACGUUACAAUUUGUUAUAACUAUAGGAUUGAUCAUCUUGUUGGCCAGGUGAGUUUGAAAUAUCAAGCUUUUAUCGAAUGAGGAUAUUUGGAUAUUUAUCUAUGAUUGUUAACUAUUAUAUCUCAUCAAGAAAUAUCUCGCCUUAAUUUGUUAAA